CAAGUAUUGUGUAAAAGCAGAAGAGGCAAUGGCUACCGAACAACGUUCAGAUAUCUACCAAGCUUCUGACGUACUUGAGAUCUGCUCUCUCUGCAAGAAACCCAUCACGGACACCGUGUUGGCAGCAAUGGGCCGAACUUGGCACGUUGAUCACUUCACCUGUGUCAAGUGCGGAGCGUCCAUCAGGGAGAGUGGGUUCUACGUGGUGGCAGGCAAGCCGCACUGUGCAGACGACUACAAGAGACUCUACGGUAAGAAGUGCUCCGCCUGCAAUCAGCUGAUUGACAAAACAAUCUACACAGCAUUGGACCGACACUGGCAUCCCAGCUGUUUUGUCUGUCGCAGGUGCAGCAACCCGAUUUCAACCAAGGAGUUUGUAGAGAAGCGUGGCAUACCUUACUGUAUAGAUUGUAGCAGGAGAUAACUGGUAUUGUAAAU